AUGCAACACAAAGCUGUUACAACCAUAAAAGCAGCCGUCCUGAUACAGCGAUGGUAUCGUCAGUACGUCGCUCGGACAGAAAUGAGGCGGAGAUGCACCUGGCACAUCUUCCAGUCCAUCGAAUAUUCAGGAGAACAGGCCCAGAUCAAGCUUUACAACUUCCUUGGGUAUCUCAUGGACAAUUUCACUCCAUCAAGCAAUGAACGUAAAUUAAUCUCCCACAUCUUCAGAGAGAACGAUGUGUGUCGCGACGCAGAAUGGGAGCGCUAUUUCUGCUACAAGAACAUUGAGGUUCCAGAGAUCUACUCCGGUCCUCACUUAACCUUCCCUCUGACGGUGGAGCAGGCCAUGGGUUUGGUGGAGGCUUUUAGGAACAAAAAGCAACUGCACUCCCGUUACAUCCUCCAGCUGCUUCUCGAGACGUGGAAGCUGCUCCGAAAGUUGCCAAACAUCAACCGCAUUUCCACUUGUCAGAGCAAAGAGAUAACUAUUUGUGGUGAUUUGCACGGCCAGUUGGAAGAUCUGCUUCUUAUUUUCUACAAGAAUGGCAUGCCGUCUCUGGAGAAGCCCUACGUGUUUAAUGGAGAUUUUGUGGAUCGUGGACACGACUCCAUCGAGAUCCUCAUUAUUCUGUUUGCAUUUCUCCUGCUGUAUCCCAGCAAUGUUUAUCUGAACAGAGGAAACCACGAGGACCACAUCGUUAACCUGAGGUAUGGCUUCACCAAAGAAGUUUUAACCAAAUAUAAGAUGCACGGCAAGCGCAUUUUAAAGCUGCUGCAGAAGAUUUUCAGCUGGUUACCGUUGGCGACAGUGAUUGAUCAGCGAGUGUUGGUGAUUCACGGUGGAAUCUCCGACAGCACCGACCUCGGCAUCAUCGCGAGAGUCGACAGGCACAAAUAUAUUUCAGCUUUGAGGCCUCCAAAAAGAAGAGUGACGAGUUCGGCUGGAAUGUCCAUCGACUCUGAAGCGGACGAGGAAUGGUCCAACAGUAAGUUCCUGCAGCGGAGAGCCUCUAUGACGUAUCCUAAACCGUUUGGGACCCGGAGCAACUUCCAGAACCGCUCGCUCCAGGACUUUUCGGACCGGAUCAGAGAGAAAGUGGAGGACGAGGUGGAGCUGUGCAGGAGGAGAACGCUCCACCUGGAAGAACAAAACCAGAACGAUGAAAAUGAACAGUGUGUCUCUAUACAGUCGGUCAACAGCGACAACGCCAAAGAGGAGUGGAAACAGAUCCUAGACCUGCUAUGGAGCGACCCCAUGGUUCAGGACGGCUGCAUUCCCAACGAGGUGAGGGGCGGGGGCUGCUACUGGGGGCCCGACGUGACCGAGUACUUCCUGAACAGACACAACCUGCAGCUGCUGAUCCGCUCCCACGAGUGUAAACAGGAGGGAUACGAGUUCUGCCACAACCGCAAGGUUUUGACUUUGUUUUCUGCGUCUAAUUACUACGAUGUUGGAAGCAAUAGAGGUGCCUACGUGAAGCUGGGGCCAGACCUUGUGCCUUAUAUGGUCCAAUACCAGGCCACGAGUAUGACCCGGGAGCUCACCGUCAGACAGAGUGUGGGACGCACUGAGCGCUCGGCCCUCAAAGUCCUACGAGAACAGCUGUUUGCGCACAAGUCUGACCUCCUGAGUACCUUCAGAGUGUAUGACACAGAAAACACAGGUCUGAUAAAUCUGAGCGACUGGGCUGAAGCAGUGGAGAGUGUGAUGCAUCUGGGUUUGCCCUGGAGGAUGCUGCGCUCGCAGCUCGUCACGUGUAAAUCCAGUGAAGGAAUGAUCAGUUACUACGAGUGGUUCAACGAGCUCACCAUCAAAAAACCUCAGACUGACCACAUCGACGAGGGUUUGAUCGAGACGCUGUAUCGCCAUCGCUCCACCAUCGAGACCAUCUUCAGGAUCGUAGACACAGACAACUCAGGUUUCAUCACCAUCGAGGACUUCAGACAAACGUGGAAACUUCUGAGCAUCUACCUGAAGAUGGAGAUCACUGACGAGGCCAUCUCUGACCUGGCAGUGACCAUAGACAGUAACAACGACGGCUGCAUCGACAUAGACGAGUUCAUGGAGGCUUUUCGUCUCACGGACAAAAAAAGUCGUCUGGAAAGAGGCCGCAGCAUGUUUAUGGGAACCGCAACGGAUCUGACCAAACUUGAAGGAGAUCCCAACAUUUGA